UGGCAACGGCGGGCAGCUUGUCCCUGUAGCCGAGGCUGAGGAGCAGCUGGUUAGCGGCUGCUCGGGUUAGUUAACUAACCUUAACUAUACGUCACUAACCAGCAGCUUGUUAACAAACUCAACGUCAGCGCGAUGACAAAGCAGUGACUUCUCGCGGUGUUCUGUCGGCGGCGCGAGCGCCAUGACCGUCCGCUUCAAGUGUCAGAGUGAAUACCAGAAGAGCUAUAAGGCUUCCCGCUCCAGAAGUGUGUCUCCUCAGCGCUGCGCCCUGUUGGCUGGCCUGCGCUCUGACCAGAUGGGUAUCAGCAGAGAACCACGUCUGCAGCGUCGGAAGAAGCUCAGUGCUGGUGGUCUGGCUCAGUCCUGCAGCUCUCUGCUCUGCCCUCCACAGGACACCCUCACUGCUGAGCUGACUCCUUGUGCACACAGAACAGCACCUCCUGCUGCAUCAAGGAGUCGCUCAGCCCUCAAGAAGGAGCCAAAUCCUCCAGCACCUCCCAGGGCACGAGCUGACCCUGGACCUGCUGCAGACCCACAACCUCCAGCUGGACCACAACCUGCUGCAGACCCACAACCUCCAGCUGGACCACGACCUGCUGCAGACCCUGGACUAUCAUUAGAACCAGAGGCUGCUGGGAAAUCCGCAAAGCCCCUCCCCUCCAAACCCGACAGCCAACCACAGCUGAGCCAACCUCUGACAGCAGCAUCUGACGGACAGCAGCCCUCUGCCAACGAGGUCCAGCAUGCUCUGCGCUGGAGGGCGGGGCUUAGGGCAGGAGGUCAAAGGUCAGGCAGUCAGAGGUCAGAGUACCACAGACAGUUCAGCUGGAAGAAACCUGCAACUGCUGCUUCACCCAUACUGACUGCAGAACAGGUGCUCCAGUCCAGCCACAGGUCUGUGCCGCCCUUUAAGAAACACCCACUUCCAAUAGAAACAGAGUAUCAGCGCAGCUUCCAGGGUCUGGCGCCGCCGAGCAAGCCCCGCCUGCGGAAACACCUGGAACAUCAGCAGAGAGUCCCACUGUUCCACACGCAAACGAACAAAAAGAGGGAGGAGAAGUUGGAGAAGAAGCCCCACCCCAAUCAGGAUGACCCCGCCCACAGUAAAAAUAAUGGCACUCCUCCACCUCCUCCUCCAGUGAAGAGAGGACACAGGAUGUUGACAGAGUAUGAGACCAGCUUUCGUUCUCCUCUAUACAGGAUCGCGGAGGAAGGCGGAGCCACACACAGCGCCGCCCCUCAGGCAAAGGAAUUGCGGCAGCAGGCCUCGUUGUACCGCCUUCGAGCAUGGGGAGGUCAUUUCUCCAGAGACCACCUGAGCCAGCUGGUGUCCGAACACAACGCUCUGUGGGAGCCCACAGACACCACCGACUCAUCCACCGACCCCCCCACCCCCCGCCUGACCUCUGACCUCUGCCAUGACUCCGACGGCUGUAGCGUGUCGCCUGUGGAGGCUCUGGACCUGCACAGCCGCUCCAGUAACUCCAGUAAGAGGUCUUCUGUUUCAGGCUCAGGACACAAACACACACAAGUAAAAGCACAAACACCUCAAAGUCCUCCUGCUGAGAGACGUACGGCCUGGGGAGAAGAAGAAGAGGAAGAAGAAAAUACAGAUGAGGAGGAGGAGGGAAGGUUACCAACUCCGAGGUUGAAGAUACGACCAGUUCAGAGAACUCACCAUGACCUCACCACACCUGCGACCGGAGGCGCUUUACUGGUGGGAAAACUGAAAGGCAAUGAUGAAUCUUCUCCUUUCAAACAGAGGUCUGGGUCAGCUAUUUCCAUGGCAGCCGGGGCAGAGACCGCGGUUGACGUGCCGGUCAAACCGAAGGAGGCGUGGUCGGAUAAUAACCCCACACGUCGCUCCUGCUCUUCUUCUGGCUCCUCCCCUGACCACGAACAUACCAACAGUCCUAACUCUAAACCAAUCAGGAUGAAGCCUCCGUCCCCUGUUGCCCCGCCCCCUCUAGUCUCGCCCCCACAGCACUGUAUCCAGGGCACUCUGAGACACGCUGACUUCCAGCACAACGGUGAGCUGGGCCUGAGGUUCAGGGAGCUGCAGUGUUCAGGAGGAGGCUGCGGCUCUGAUGAAGACGACCGGCUGUCGGUGAUGUCGUGGCGCUCAGCAGCCUCCUGUUCCAUGGCGUCCGCCGUGCUGGAGCGUGCUCAGAAGAGAAGAGAGAACUUCUGGGGGAAGAGAUGACCUCUGACCUCCUCACCCCAACUGCUGCUGUUGCCAUGGAAACAAGCGUCCUGUCUGCAGAGCUGAGUGUUUAGCUGAUCGAUCACUGUUGGACGAUAAUCAGUCAGAAUAAUGUAUUUUUACAGAUGAAUUCAUUGUUAGUUUUUACACUGCAGGGUUUUAUACAUUUAGUAAUUAUGUUUAUUUAAUAAUUAAUUUAUGUAGUAAUUAAUGUUUCUUACUGUGUGACUGCUGAAAUCAUCAAAGUCAUAAAAGUGACAUGAACAACUCA